UGCUCAUGCUCGCGAGGACAGGAGGAGGUGAGCCCGACCGCAGCUGAUAGAUGUGUUGUAGUGAUGUAAUGUUGCCUGUUUGGUGACUACGGAUGGCUGUUUGUGCCAGGCUCUGCGGAGUGGGUCAGUCUCGGAGGUGCCGGAGGCGACAGCGGAACAACCAGCAGGACCAGGGCAGCGAUUCGGACAUGGACGAGGAGGAAGAGGAGCGGAUCGUAGGCCAGCGGCUCGGCGACGCAGGAGGCUGCGGAGGCCCGGACCGCGGCGUCGCCACUGCAGGGCCGAGUGACGCCGGAGAAUAUGUCAACAGAGGAGGCUUUCUGGACCGCAGGAGCACCGGACCUCCACACCCCGAGUCGUUAGUGGAAUUACCGCCGGAACUCUUGGUGGAAAUAUUCUCCCUGCUGCCCGGAACUGUGCUACCGAAUGUUGCGCUCGUCUGCAAGAAAUUCAGACAAAUCCUCAACACGGAAACCAUCUGGAGAAGGCGGUGCAUGGAAGAGUUUGGCAUGAAAGAGGAUCUGAGGAAGAUGGAGGCAGGAGGAGUGUCCAGUCAAGACCUCUAUGUAAAACGUGUCAAUCCGCGGGUGAAGUCUGGGCGCUUUAUGAAGCUCCUCCCGGACUACGAGCACAUGGACUAUAGAGACGUGUACACACACUUGCUUCACCCGUACAGGCACAUCUUGGGUCUAUGGCAGCCUGAUAUAGGCCCUUAUGGCGGAUUGCUUAAUGUCGUGGUGGACGGGUUGUUCAUUAUCGGCUGGAUGUAUUUGCCACCUCAUGACCCUCGUGUGGAGGAUCCAAUGAGAAGACGGCCGCUGUUCCGUAUCCACAUGUGGGAGAGCAACAAGGCCACUGUGGAGUGUAUGUAUGGACACAAAGGUCCCCACAAAGGAGACAUACAGACGGGAAAGAAGGAUGAAUUUUCAACAAAAUGUAACCAGACUGAUCAUCACCGCAUGCCAGGAGGCAGACAGGAGGAAUUCAGGACGUGGUUGGAGGAAGAAUGGGGCCGCACGCUAGAAGAAAUCUUCCAUGAGCACAUGCAGGAGCUCAUCCUAAUGAAGUUCAUUUAUACCAGUCAAUAUGAUAACUGCUUGACUUACCGAAGGAUCUACCUGCCUCCGGCGAUGCCCUCAGACCUGCUACAGCCAGGCCUCUUCAAAGGCACCUAUGGCAGUCAUGGCUUGGAGAUUGUCAUGCUCAGUUUCCACGGGAAUUCUGCAAGAGCCACUAAACUCACUGGAGACCCCAAUGUCCCUGCAGGACAGCUCACACUAGAUGUUGACCUGAGUCGGCCCGUGGUCCUGCCAGAGUUGGAGCAACAGCGCAACAUUGAGGAGCUGUCUCGGCUAGUGCUGGGGGUGCACGAGGAAGUGCAGAGGGAGGUGGAACAACAGGCCAACGGCACUCCUGCCACAGUCAGACAGGCAGCAGAAGGGGCCUGUGGCGGCGCCAGCGGGGCAGAAGAAAUGGAGGCAGACCAUGUUGCCUGUGUAGACAACUGCCAGUCUGGCCCUAGUGGCAGCAGCAGCAGCAGCAAUCCUCCUGAAGCCCUACCCUUCAUCCUGCCUCUUGGGGUUAUGGCUCGCAAUGAGGUGUACCCUCGCACCUGCAGGAAAUGCUUCUAUGGGACAGGUCUAAUCGCUGGUCAUGGCUUUACAAGUCCAGAACGCACCCCGGGGCUCUUUGUGCUGUUUGAUGAGGACCGUUUUGGUUUCAUCUGGCUGGAAUUGAAGUCUUUCAGUCUGUACAGUCGCCUGACGGACCACCUAGCCCACGCUCAUGCCCCAAACAUGGAGCGGUUUGAGGCCAUGCUGCGUAACAUGCAGUCCUGGACAUCCUGAUGCACCAAGCUUUAAGUCUCCUCCCACAGUACAAAGGCAUAACAACAACCAUCACACACAAAUCACCUCUGUCCUCCGCUGACUUUACAAUCUCGAUAGCUCGUGACCUUAACUCUCCAGGUUCUAUCUGUAAUGUCUUUCAAACAUCGGGUUUUACUGUCUAACUUUAGCUUGUUAUGUCACACUGAUGCGCCUGUUCCCAUAAAAGCACUGUUAAAGGCCUCCCAAGUCACCGUUUAUCACCUCACCUCCAUAUGAACCUAAUCCUCCAGUACAGCAUGAUAACGGGUCACAUAGAAGUUUAUUUAUUUAUUUAUUUAUUCCCUGCAGUAACAAUAAUGAAUGAUUACCAACUAUACCACUUAUUAUGGAUAAAACUGUAUGUGCCUCUGAUUUUAAAACCAUGUCUGUACUUGGUAGCGCUUGAAGAAGAUGAAGGUGUCCAAUGUAUUCUACUAUAUAAUAGUAUUAUACUGAUUUCCGUGCCCAACAUAUUGAACUGCAUGCUGCAUUUUCUUUAAAUCUAAUCGCAUUACACUCAUAACCACUAUCUGAACAUGAUCUGUUAUCAUUUAAAGCAGCAUGCCUUGCUUCUUAUACUUUUUGUUCUUGUUGUUGUUGUUUUUGGGUUUUUUUUGCUUUGGAGACAUCAGAAUUUUUCAAAAUAAGACAGCAUCUCAGGUGUUUUUCUCUUUGCCACAAGUCAGUGAAAACAGGACUUACAUGUAUAACAAGUGACAUUCAUUGUAUUAAUUUGUGUAAUAGGAAUACUGACUGAGUUUUACAACUGGGCAAUUUUCUAACUGUUGACCCGCUGUCUUAUCACACACUGUAGCUACAUCAGCCAGUUUUGGGCAGACAGAUAUAUUUUUGCCCUUUCAACUAAUGAGAUAACUUUAUCAGUGGUAGGCUUCAGCACUUGGUCCUACUCCAACAUAUUAUCGAAGUUGGAAAGUUGUAUUGCGAUAGAAUAACAUAAUCUAUACAUAAGCUGGAUUUGAUCAAAAUUAUACAGUUCAUGUGCUUCUGUAAUUAUGGUCUGAAAUGGAAACUUCUCUCACCCUUGAAAUGUAGUGCGUUUGCUGGUUGUUUAAAUGGCUGACACAGUGUUUGCCUGGCUUUAUACCUGCAAAGCUUUCCCUCCAUUUAUUUUGAACUUGAGACCAGUCUAGCUGAACGAUAUACAAACUAUCAGCUCAAAGUGCAUCUCAAAGUACCAAGUAAGUGUCUGUACGUCUCAUUACGGCCUGAUGGUGGUGCCCAGUAGCUUUCCUACUCCAAGUGCACUUUUCUGGGCAGUAUAGUGAAUCAUUCAAAACCCACUGGCCAGCACUUUUAUAACAGACUGCAGCUUUACUAACAUUUGCAAAAAAAAGAAAAAAAAACUCUGCUUAAAGCGUCAUUGAUUUCUCUUUUCUUUGACACAUUUUAUUGAUUUCAUCUCAAAUUUAAUAUAUUUGUUUUAUACAUUCUCCUAUCUGUAAACCCAGCUAUUUGAAUGAUUUGCCUUUGAAAAGUGUUGCUUUGUACUUUUUUUCAAUGCCAUUUGCCUGAUUUUGUGGAAAAACUUAGUUUGACCUAUUGAACUGCUCACAUCAGACUUCAGGGAGCUUUUCAGCUUAAGCGCUCUUCUCAGUAAUAAAAAAACUGAAAGGAA